UCUUCUUUUUAACAGGAAAAAAAAGGUAGAGUCGAGGGUGGGACCCACUAGAGAAUGAGGAAUUAUGGAAGAAUGCAAAUUCCGAUAUAAGGACUCCGCCGCACAUAAGGACUCCAAUCAAACCCAUCCUUGCUUGCAUCCUUCCCUACUCAGGAUUGAAUUGGGAGGUUCGAUUCCAUUCCCCUAAAAACAGAAUGAAUCUCUCUGGUUUUCCUUCAUCCUCCUCCAAUAGGAUGACGAUGGCGACCUCUAGAUAUUUGUGACGGCGGUGGACUAGGUGACGGCGCGGCAGCAUUCGUUCGAAGUGAAUUCUGGAGAACGAGAGUGUCUUGCCGAAGGAAUAAGAGAGAAGAAACUAAAUUCGGAGGAGGAAGGAUGUGUGUGAUUCUCGAGGGAGGAGAAGACGGGAAACAGGCGGGUCAAGUUGCCGGCAGCGUGCUUGUGCCGCCUCCCAACUUCUCAACCGUGGAAGAUCUCUGCAUUUACAGAUCAGGGCUUCCGCAGCCCGCCAAUUUCCCCUUUAUUCAAACCCUCAAUCUUCGCUCUAUCAUAUUUCUGUGUCCCGAGCCUUACCCUGAAGAGAACAAGGAGUUUCUCCGCCUUAACAAUGUUAAGCUUUUCCAAUUUGGAAUCGAAGGAACCAAGGAACCAUCUGCUAUACCCAGGAGUGCCAUAACUGAAGCUCUUAGAGUCUUAAUUGAUGUGAGAAAUCAUCCGGUGUUGAUCCAUUGCAAGCGCGGGAAGCACCGAACAGGCUGUCUGGUUGGGUGUCUAAGGAAGUUGCAAAACUGGUGUUUGUCUUCUGUGUUGGAAGAGUACAAACAUUUUGCAGGCACAAAGUGGAGAGAAUCUGACUUGAGGUUUCUUGAAGAAUAUGAUGCUCCUUGCAUCCGGAAUUCCCUUCAGAGCAUUAUCUAUCGCUAUACUGCCUCAAGAAAGAGACGUUUACUCUACAACAGAGAAGAAGAGUGUGCUCGCAAGCCUGCAGGGAUUGCCCAAGUUUAGCUUCCCUAUUUUUAUCCAAACCUUUGAAUUUUGACAAUUUAUUUAACUUUUUAUGACUGAAAUCUUUAUGUAUUCCCAAUUUUGAUCUGGAUUUGCUACAUACUAAUUCUUUUAUUUUUGGUAAAAACAAUGAAUAUGUAGGUCAUUAUACUUCAAUGAGAUGCUGUAUUGACGUAUGGGAGAUGCUUAUACAUAAUUGCUCGGUAUAUGUCAAUAUGUCAUCCCUUUAUGUUUGUGUUGCAGCCUAGCAGGCCUAUGGAAGUUUCUACGUAAUAUGUAUUUAAAAAGUCACUUACGGAGUACUAUCUAUUAGACUAAGAAGAUGUUCUCUUCACCUGAUCCGAAUGUUUCUGAUCUGAAUUUUUUAAGUUCUGAUCUUUACUUUUCUGAUCUGAUCUGAAUUGUUCUGAUCUGAUCUGAAUCUUCCUGAUCUAAUCUGAACCUUUCUGAUCUUGUCUGAUCUGAUCUGAAUGUUUCU